AUGGCCUCCGUGGAGACCGUGAUGGCCGAAGUGGUGGUGUUCGCGUUCCUCGAAAUGAUCGCGGUCCCUGUGGUGACGGCCCUUGCAUUUAUGAUCCUUCUUAUCCUUCUUAUCGUGCUUGCCAUGGCACCCAAAGUCAACGUCCUUGGCGUUGAAGCGGUUGCCGAAAAGGUGGUGGUGGUGGUGUGGAUCACCAAACUCCCUCUGAUGAUCCCUGCCCUUAUGGCCCUUGGAUUUGUGGCCCCGGAACUUCUUGUGUUUCUUGUGAUGACCCUCAUCUUUGUGCUCUUCCUGAUGGUGGUGGUGGUGGUGAUGGUGAGGAUCUCCUCCCCCGUCUCUUCCUCUUCCUCCCCCGACGAUUAUUGGCGUUCCUCCAAUUGGUAUGACAUGAUGCCCAUGUCCUUCGCGUUCAGGCUCACGCUCACGCUCAUGCCCAUGGUGGUGACCAUGUCCAUGGAUGCCAUGCCCAUGAUGCCCCUCGCGUUCAUGCUCACGCUCACGCUCAUGCCCAUGACCAUGCCCAAGGAUACCAUGGAUAUGGCCAUGCUCAUGACCGUGCUCAUGCCCUGGAUCCUUAUCCUUAUGCUCGUGCAAUUUGUGGUGCUCAUGUGCUGGAAGCUUGAUCUCUAUGAUCUUAUGAUGCUCAGGCUCAGGCUUAGGCUCGCGGUGGUGACCAUGUCCGUGGUGACCAUGCUCAUGGUGGCCAUGCUCGUGGCCAUGCCCGUGGCCAGGAUCAAGGCCAUCUCUUCCUCCAAAACCUGGGAUUACUCCUCCACCUGGUAUGAUACCAUGGCCAUGGCCAUGUCCUUCACGCUCACGCUCGCGCUCGCGCCCAUGUCCAUGGUGGUGACCAUCAAGGAUGCCAUGGCCAUGCCCGUGUUCUUCACGCUCACGCUCACGCUCAUGCCCAUGAUGCUCGAAGAGACCAUGGCCAUGCUCAUAGCCACGCUGACGACGCUCGAGGUGACCAUGCUCAUGGAUGCCAUGCCCAUGGUGUCCCUCACGCUCGCGCUCACGCUCUCGCCCAUGCCCGUGGAGACCAUGCUCAUGGAUACCAUGAUGUCCCUCACGCUCACGCUCUCGCUCACGCCCAUGCCCGUGGAGACCAUGCUCAUGGAUACCAUGGUGUCCUUCACGCUCACGCUCACGCUCACGCCCAUGCCCAUGGAGAUCAUGGAGCUUAUGGUGUCCCUCACGCUCACGCUCACGCUCACGCCCAUGCCCGUGGAGACCAUGCUCAUGGAUACCAUGAUGUCCCUCACGCUCGCGCUCACGCUCACGCCCAUGUCCAUGGAGACCGUGCUCAUGGCCAUGCUCAAGCUGACGACGUCCGAGGAGACCAUACUCAUGGAGACCAAGCCCAUGGUGUCCCUCACGCUCUCGCUCACGCUCUCGCUCACGCCCAUGGUGACCAUGCUCAUGGAUACCAUGGCCACGCUCACGCUCUCGCUCGCGGCGACCAUGCUCAUGGAUACCGUGGCCACGCUCACGCUCUCGCUCACGGCGACCAUGCUCAUGGAUACCAUGGCCAUGCUCACGGCCACGGCCAGGAUCAUCACGCUCAAGUCCUCCAAAUCCUCCAAUUAUUGGCGCUCCUCCACCUGGUAUGAUACCGUGGCCAAGGUGUCCCUCACGCUCACGCUCACGCUCACGCUCACGCCCAUGGUGACCAUGCUCAUGGAUACCAUGGCCACGCUCACGCUCACGCUCACGCUCACGGCGACCAUGCUCAUGGAUACCAUGGCCAUGGUGUCCCUCACGCUCACGCUCACGUUCUCGGUGACCAUGCUCAUGGAUGCCAUGGCCAUGCUCGUGGCCACGGCCAGGAUCACCACGCUCAUAUCCUCCACCUCCGACUACUCCUCGAGUCGGUAUAAGAUGAUGUCCGUGUCCUUCACGCUCACGCUCACGCUCACGCCCAUGCCCAUGCACAUGGUGACCAUGCUCAUGGCCCUUAUGUUCUUCAACCUUCUUAUGCUCGUGCUUGUGUUCUGGAAGCUUGACCCCGAGCUUUUUAUGCUUGUGCUCGGGCUCGCGCUCACGCUCAUGCCCAUGGUGGUGGCCGUGCCCGUGGCCAUGCCCAGGAUCACCACCACGCUCGCGUCCUCCACCGGUGAUUACAGCUCCUCCAACUGGUAUGACAUGAUGCCCAUGUCCUUCACGCUCACGCUCGCGCUCGCGCCCAUGCCCAUGGUGACCUAG